UCGACCGGGGAGGAGCCGUCGAGCCGACGGCGCCGAGCAAUCAAGAGCUGUCCGAUUUUUAAAGGAAGGCGCUUGAAAAGCAGCUCAACGACGAGCCCACAGCCAGCCAUGGAGAGGCGGAGGGGGCCGUGACACAAGACGACGCCUGGUGACGCGCACCUGAUUCCGUCCAUUAUGCUCUCGGUGCUCAGGUGCUGGCGUCCGGCUCGUGAAUGGCGCUGGUGACCGUUCAGCGUUCCCCGACCCCUAGCAACACCUCCAGCCCCUGCGUGUCGGAGUCGGGCAGUGGCGAGGAUGAUCGACGCUCUCAACCUCGCAGUAUCAGUGAAAGCUUCCUGACCGUUAAAGGGGCGGCGCUCUUCCUUCCCCGAGGAAAUGGUUCCUCCACUUCGUCGUCAGCAUCCCGCUUCUCACUGCGUAGCAAACAUGCUGGUGACAUCCAGCAACACCUUCAGACCAUGUUCACUGUCCUCAGACCAGAGGACAACAUCAAACUGGCAGUCCGACUGGAGAGUGCCCACGCCUUUUUGACACGUUACAUGGUAGUGGUGUCCACCAAUGGAAGGCAGGACACAGAGGAGAGUGUGCUCCUCGGCGUGGACUUCAGUCCCGUGGACGGCUCGUGUUCCCUGGGCUUGGUUCUUCCACUCUGGAGCGACACGCUGAUUCACCUGGAUGGAGAUGGGGGCUUCAGCGUGUCCACCGACUGCCGUGUGCACGUCUUCAAGCCCGUCUCCGUGCAGGCCAUGUGGUCGGCGCUGCAGUCCCUGCACAAAGCCUGCGAAGUGGCGCGUUGUCACAACUACUUCCCAGGAAGCUUGUUCCUGACAUGGGUCAGCUACUACCAGAGUCGCGUCUCGUCUGACCAGGCCCGCAUCAACGAGUGGAACGCUAUGCAAGACCUGCAGUCGCACCGCGCCGACUCCCCGGUCCUCUUCUCUGACACGCCCACCGAACGCGAGCUGACGGAGCGUGAGAUCAAGAGCAGCUUGAGGGAGAUCAUGAUGCAGAAAGAUCUGGAGAAUGUCACCUGCAAGGAGAUUCGCACGGAGCUGGAAAUGCACAUGACGUGCAACCUGCGCGAGUUCAAGGAAUUCAUUGACAACGAGAUGAUUAUCAUUCUGGGCCAGAUGGACAGUCCCACACAGAUUUUUGAUCACGUCUUCUUGGGAUCUGAGUGGAACGCGUCCAAUUUGGAGGAGUUGCAGAAUUGCGGAGUUCACUACAUCCUGAAUGUGACCCGCGAGAUUGACAACUUCUUCCCGGGCGUCUUCGAGUACCACAACAUCCGCGUGUACGACGAGGAAGCCACCGACUUGUUGGCCUACUGGAACGACACCUACAAGUUCAUCACCAGAGCCAAGAAAAAUGGAUCCAAGUGCUUGGUGCACUGCAAGAUGGGAAUAAGUCGCUCGGCGGCCACUGUUAUUGCGUAUGCAAUGAAGGAGUACGGAUGGGAUCUGAGGAAGGCCUUCGAUUACGUCAAGGCGCGCCGAACCGUCACCAAACCCAACCCGUCCUUCAUGAGACAGCUGGAGGAGUACCAGGGCAUCCUGCUGGCCAGCAAACAGCGGCACAACAAGCUUUGGCGUUCUCACUCUGACAGCGACUUGUCCGACCACCAUGAGCCCUUGUCUAAAGCGUAUCACCGGCCGCGAGGCCCGGACUGCUCAGCCACCCCGCUGGAAUACUAUAUCAAAAAAACGGCGGGAUUCGGCGCCCCGUCUCGUCCCCUGAGCUCGCCGCCAUGUGACAACGUGCAGCAUCACGCAUCUCGGUCACCCGUCGACUCCCUCGACACGCCCGGUGCGUUGUUGGGGCACAGGGACCGCAUCGACUUCUUAAGCGCCAGGGAGAAAUUUAAAGGGAUGGCGCAGCGACAUUCGUCGACGCCGCCUGAGUUCUUCACCGGGGAUGAGACCAAAAGAAAGAGCCUGAUUCCCGUGCAGGUCGCAGAAUCAAAGCCCGCCGAGCAAUCAGAUGAGUCCGAGCCCAGCCAAUUGGGGGAUGGGGGCCGGGAAGUGGCCAAGCCUGCACAGGAAGUGAAGGAUGGCGAUGUUUUUUGUUCUGGCAUAAAGCAGGAAGGGGAAAAGGAAGAGGAGGAUAAUACCCGUCUCUACAGGGACUGGACACGAGGCUCGGUGCGUCGCGUCACGCGCCAGCUGGAACGGCAGAUGAAGCGGGAUCGCCACACGCAACAUCGCACCCCCUCGCUGACCUCAUCCCCGUCCUCACACCAGGGAAGUCCCGCUGGGGAUCGCACUCGUAUCGCCACGAGGAGCAGCGACUGGCCGGCUAACGCCAGUUUCCUGUCUUCGGAUUGGGGCGGGGCCAUCCUCAAGGAGACGUGGGAGACGCUGCGUGAACUCGGGGCCUUCCUUCAACAGGUGAGCGUGGGCGUGGCCGGAGCCAACGGGAAGCGAGGCGGCGGCGUACGACGGCGCGUCCGAGAGGCGGAGGCUCGCAUCCGCCGGGCCGGCCUGACACCUCCUUCGCUGAUGAAGCGCUCGGCCUCCUUGGCCAAGCUGGGCUGUUUGGAGCUGCUGGUCGAUGAUCUCGCGGACUGGGAACUGAGCCAAGCUGUCGCUGCGCCACCGCCCGCGGAGCCUCUGGUCCACACGAGUGGCGAGGACCCCAAAAAGCAACGCGUCUAUGAUGCCGGCUCUCCGGCCGAGCGAUCGCCUGCCGAGAGCCCGCGGCGGCUCAGAGACUCUCCGUCGCCCUCGCCGCUUCAGCCGCUCUUCACGUCCAGGCAGCAGUACGGGAGGAGUCACCCCGUUAGGCGUCUCAAGAAAACAAACCUCAGCGCCCUCUACCAAACCAUGUAGGCGUCAUUCCCAACACAAAGCCUCUUGCCUUAAACCAGGGGUGUCCAAACUUGGGCCAACUUGAAAAUAUCGGGGGAAAAAAUGGUGGGUUUAAAAUAUUGUUAUUUUUAAAGUCUUAACUCAUUGGCUGCUACUGACAGGAAUAGAUGUCCAAUCCAUUCUGACUCUAUCGCCGUCAAUGGCAGUGACAUGUUUCACUGCCAUUGGCGGCCAUAUCCCUCAAUGCUCGCUACCAAUAACAAAAUUAUCGAGAGGUAUAAGGAUAUUGUAACAAAUAUUGUGUGUGUAUGUGCGCGUCGUGUUUUUUUUUUUUUUUUUUUAACUAUAAGUCGCACUUAGCUUGGCUAGGCCUGCUACGUAUGUUUUUAUUUAUUUUUUUUCGCCGAAAGCAUGCUAUGUUGUUUUUUUAGGCUAUAGUUAUCGGUUUUUACGGAUGUUACGUUACCAGAUACCUAUUUAGCAUUUAACAUUUUAAAAUUUUUGACAUUACACUUAACCUUCAAGUUAGCGGGGGGUUAAUUUAGUCGGUGGAGUUGAUUUCAACAAAUUGCGUUCAAUUAGUUAGCUAUUUAUUUUUUUCGGGGUUCUAGAGUGACUAAGCUAGCGCGAAUCAAUGAGCCCGUCCUAGCAUGCCAAUAAAAAACAACAUAUGCACGCAUGAAAAUCACCCAUGACCAAUAGUGUUGGCUAUGUUUUCAGGAUGAAGUUAUUAAAACUUACCUUCGGAUGUCAAUAAUUGCAGUAUGAACAGCAACAUUUGUAAUCCAUUAGCUCUGUAGUUAACAGGAUGCAGAGUGGAGUGAUAUCUUUUCCAGCGGUGUGUUUAUGUCAUAGCCAGCAGCAAGUAUCCACAGGUUGUAUUGUUCUUUGUUCUUAAUAGGGAAUUUGUGGGAACUCUCAUUUGCCCAUUUCUUCUGUUUGUUUCCACAGCCUCUACAUGCAAAUUUCACUAUGUUGCCGUUCUUCAGUAAAGACUGUAGACUGAUGCUGCAUUCAAGGAAGGUAGGAAAUCGGAGUUUUCCAAACUUCGACCAGCAUAAAUAGAAUUGGAACGCCACUCGAACUGGGGGGCCCUAAUUGCGAAAUCAGUAAAAAAAAAAAAAAAAAAAGUGGCCCAACUUCACGAGUUGCUUCAAUCAGACGUCACACGACAAAAUGCGAUGCCUGUCAAAAAGCAGACUGUCAGUAGUAAAACUAAAUAAGGCAGUUUACAGUGUGGUCUAUUUACCUUAGCCAUUAUUUUUCCUCCACUAUUUGAUCGCUUACAAAAAGCCAUGUUUGCUGGACGUCAACAUGUCUUUUGAUGGCCAAAAUAAAACUCUUAGAACGCUUUGAGGUCGCAACUGGUAUCAUCCGAGUGGGAUAAGUCAGACUUCCCACCUUCCUCGAAUGCAGCAUGAGCACAAGUGGCCAAAGCACUUCUCUCUGUCGUGGUCACAAUACGCAUCUGAAAAAAAUAGUCACGCAGAAAUAAAUGAAUUACGGCAGUUUGGUGUGACAUUGUUUUGGCCGCAUGGGUAUUUUGAACACAAUCUGAAUUUAUUUUACUAUUUUAGAUCUGUUAGUAUCGUUUUUUUAUUGGCAUGCUAGGACGGGACCAUUAACUCGCGCUAGAUUAGCCACUCCGGAGCUUUGAAAUUAAUAAAUAGCCAACAAACUGCACGAAAUGUGUUGAAAUCAACUCCACAAACUAAUUUAACCCCCGCUAACUCAAAAAUUAAGCCUAAUGUCAAACAUUUUGAACUUCCGCUUUAAUGUAUAGUUCUUGGUUCCUAGUAAUUAAAAAUUGCAGAACAGAAAUGUGACUUAUAUUCCACUAUGACUUUUUUUUUUUCUCUUGAUUAUGCAUUUUUUUGGUUGGUUAGACUUGUACUCAGGUGCGACGUAAGAAGUAUAUAUAUGUACGCAACAAAGAGAAAAUGUCCACCAGCAAAAAAUCUCAACCAACAUAGCACAAUUUAUCACAUUGGAUUAUUUUUUUUUAAUAUAAAUCUAUUCAUGGAAAACAAAAUACUGGAAUUCAACUUUCCUGCAUUGAUUGCAACAUGUAGGAUUUUGACCCUUGAGCUUAUGGAGAGGCACUCUUUAAGUGACUAGAUACAGUUAGUGUUAAAGCCUAAAAGUGCAAUAGAAUCUAGGCUGAAUUUAAGCUUCUUGUGCCGGCCAUAUUCAGUUAUAUUUUCAUUAUUUGCUGUGGGCAUAUAAAAACUGGGCUGUAGUUUGGACACCCCUCUUUUAGAGGAUGUUGUAAGGUUAAACAAGCCCAAUGUGAAGCCACGUGUUUCCUCUUCAUGACCUUCUGUAGAUUGCAGCUAAUGUUUGCUGGAAUGUUGGAACGUGACAUCGCGGUCACCUCUGACCCGCGAGUUGCUCUUCCUUUCACAACUGAUCAGUCAGGUCACAUGGUCAUGUUUCAGGCCAAUCAGAAGCAACUUGUUUCAUUUUUUUCCCGUCUUAUUUUGAUGACGUUGUACCUCAGAAGCACGAGAGCCGCACACCUGAAAUGUUCUGCCUCCCCCAUCAAGUGCUGAUGCCAUUCGUGUGUACUGUGUAGCUGGGAUGUCAAUAUUUUGACGUCUGUUAAUGGGUUUUUUUUGUCUCAAAUUUGUGAAACUGUAAAGCACAACUUUUACCUUUUUUUUUUACGUGUGUGUGCGUGAGGCAAGUGAAGCUUCGAUUGUGUUGAGUCAUACAUGCACUUUAAUCCUGUUUUUUUUUUUUUUUUUUGUGGUUUUUACUUGUGAAUGGGGUGUCUUGUGACAGUAGGAAGCAUUUAUGUGUGUGUGGGAAAGAUUAUUUUGUAUUUAAAAAGCUAAGUUGAAAUGUUCUUUUUUACCAUGUCCUUCUACUGUGACCAUUAAAUGGAUGGAAUAUAACAUGUUUUGGGUGUCCUUGCUUCAAAGAGCAGUCACUGCCCUCAGCGGACCUGAGGAUAAAGUGGGGCAAAUAAGUAUUUAGUCAACCACCAAUUGUGCAAGUUCUCCUACUUGAAAAGAUUAAAGAAGCCUGUAAUUGUCAACAUGGGUAAACCUCAACCAUGAGAGACAGAAUGUGGGGGGAAAAAAACAUAAAAUCACAUUGAUUUCUAAAGAAUAAUUUUUCCAAAUUAGAGUGGAAUAUAAGUAUUUAGUCACCUACAAACAAGAUUUCUGGCUGUCAGAGGUCUAACUUCUAACGAGGCUCCACUUGUUACCUCUUAAUGGCACCUGUUUUAACUCAUCGGUAUAAAAGACACCUGUCCAGAACCUCAGUCAGUCAUACUCCAAACUCCACUAUGGCCAAGACCAAAGAGCUGUCGAAGGGCACCAGAGACAAAAUUGUAGACCUGCACCAGGCAGGGAAGACUGAAUCUGCAAUAGGUAAAACGCUUGGUGUAAAGAAAUCAACUGUGGGAGCAAUUAUUAGAAAAUGGAAGACAUACCAAACCACUGAUCGAUCUGGGGCUCCAUGCAAGAUCUCACCCCGUGGCCUCAAAAUGAUAACAAGAACUGCACUGCCAGACCUGUCCCCCUGCUGAAGAAAGUAAA